AUGGCUCUAAACGGCUGCCCUGGGGGCAGUAUGAGGAUCCAUCUAACCAGUUUCUCCUUAUUUCUUCUCCACCUGGUUCACUGUUGGGGGCAACAGCAGGAGCCAGGGUCCUCCUUCUUUCAGUUCACCAGCUCCAUGUACAAUGCCACCAUUUAUGAGAACUCUGCAGCCCGGACGUACAUUAGGAGUGAGGUUAAAAUGGGGAUUGUGCUGUCUAAGUUGGGUUCUUGGGACAUCAAGUAUUCCAUUGAAUCUGGAGAUGAUGAAGGGCUGUUUCAGGCUGAGGAAUUCAUUUUGGGAGACUUUUGUUUUCUCCGCAUACGGACUAAUGGUGAUAGUGCUGCCAUCCUGAAUCGAGAAGUGCAGAAUAAUUAUCCAUUAACAGUGAGAGCUACUAGCAAAGGUGGGCUGGAGGCUUCCGUGAGAGUCAGUGUGCUAGUCAUGGACAUGAACGACCUCCGACCAUUGUUCUCCCCAACUUCUUAUAGCAUUAGUGUUCCAGAAAGUACUCCAUUUGGGGCAAGUGUUGCUCAGGUGACGGCCACCGAUGCAGACAUUGGCUCCAAUGGAGAGUUUUACUAUUUUUUCAGAGAAGAUGUGGAGGAGUUUGCUGUCCACCCAACCAGUGGGGUGAUAUCUCUUACAGGCAGGCCCAACGCAGACAAGACCAGCAGAUUUGAUCUUGAUGUUUUAGCAGUUGAUCGUGGAAUGAAGGUUUAUGGGAACAAUGGCAUAAGCAGCACAGCCAAACUAGUGAUCACUGUUGUGCGUAUCAAUGAAUAUGCACCAACACUGAAGGUGAUUGAACUUUUCCCUUUAAUAUCUGAAAAAGAGCCUGUUUAUGCUGUUGUUACCGUUGAAGAUUUGGACGAGGGACUUAAUGGAGAAAUUGAGUGGGUUGAAAUCAUCGCAGGUGACCCACAGGAGCAGUUUGUCCUUGACAGAGCACCGCUUGGAAAUGAGUACAAGCUGAAGAUGUCUGAACUAGUCAACUGGGAUAAAAUUCCAUAUGGUUGCAAUCUCACUUUUCAAGCCAGAGACAGAGGCUUACCACCAAGGCUCUCCAAUCCUCAGACCAUUCAGCUCUUUGUGAAAAAACCCCAUUCUGUGCAGGUGAGUUUUGAAAAGGAGCUUUACAAAGCCACAUUUAAUGAAAUUGCACCACCAGGGUCCAUAAUAGAGACUGUAAGGAUUUCUCCGAGACCGCCGACCGUCAGCUACAGACUAAGUCUGACCUCAGAUUCUAUUUAUUUCAUCAUUAAUCAAUUGACUGGUGUCAUCUCAACAGCGCAACAGUUUACCUCAUUAAACCAGGAGCUCUUUGAACUCGAGGUGAUCGAGACAGUAAGUGGCAUGACUGCAAAAGUACAAAUCACUGUUGAGGAUGCUAAUGACAACACCCCGAUAUUUACCAGCACAUCUUAUGAAGUGUUCGUCAAUGAGAGCAUGCCUGUUGGCACUGUAAUUCUGAGAUUAAUGGCUGUGGAUGAUGAUAAAGGUGAGAAUGGAUGCAUAACUUACAGCAUAGCCAGCCUUCAGCCCCUUCCUUUUGUCAUCAACCAAAGGACAGGAGAGCUGAGAACAUCUAAGGAACUGGAUUUUGAAUCAUCUUUGGAGACAUACACGUUUGCAGUCCGAGCUUCUGACUGGGGUUCACCUUACAGACGAGAAAGUGAAGUCAAUGUCACAGUAAAUGUGUUGAACGUUAAUGACAACCAACCCCUUUUUGAGCGUGUGCUGUGCAAAGGUACGAUAGGACAAGAUUUUCCUGUAGGGCAGACACUUGUUACCAUGUCUGCCAUUGAUAUAGAUGAGCUGGGGUUGGUUAAUUAUAAAAUUCUGUCUGGAAAUGAACAAGAUGUCUUUCAUCUCAACCCUGACUCAGGGAUGUUGUCAUUAAGAAGGCCCCUCACUGGGAUGAGUAUAAAGAAGGAUCAAUUCAGCUUACAAAUCACUGCAUCAGAUGGUGAGCUGCUCUCUGAACCCACUUUUGUAAAUAUAUCAUUAGAGAGAGGUAGAACGCCACCAAGGAGUUUCAUUUGUCAAGACACGAAAGUUGCACAGAAGUUAGCGGUGAAACUUCUCAAAAAAGCCUCUGCUGUUAGCAAAUCCAAAGUGGAGGAAGGCUACACAGAUCUGUUCUCUGUCAAUAGACAGGCACCACAGUUUGAAUCCUUUCCCUCAGAUAUUGUAGUCCGUGAAGACAUUCCCGUGAGAGCCAGUGUCCUUCAAGUGAACACAAAUGAUGGCGACACAGGCUUCAAUGGUCGCGUCCUGCAUACCAUAUCAGAUGGGAACAUUGAUGAGCGUUUCAAUAUUGACUUGGAAAGUGGCCUAAUUUACAUCUAUCAGCCAUUGAACCGUGAAAGAUCAGACCGGUACCUUCUUAACAUAACAAUAUAUGACUUGGGCCUUCCACAGAGAUCUAGUUGGAGAUUGUUGACAGUUAACAUUGAUGAUGUGAAUGAUAACAGCCCAAAAUUCUCCAGAGAGAGCUAUACAGCUGUUGUACCAGAGAACGCUCCUAUCGGCACUGAAGUUAUCAAUGUCACGGCCUUAGAUGAUGAUCUCGGACAGAACGGUGAAAUCUCAUACACCUUGUUAACAAACACCCCUCUGUUUACCAUUGACAGCAAAACCGGUUCUGUUUAUGUCUUGAGUCAAUUAGACAGGGAGUCCAUCUCGGAUAUCACCCUCAAAAUUCAAGCCAGAGAUAAGGCGGAACAAGGGAAUCAGAUGUUCUCAGAGACAACUCUUAGAGUCUACCUCGAGGAUGUAAAUGACUGUGCCCCCACAUUUAUUCCCAAGAGCUACAGUUGCCGUUUGUUGGAAGACCUUCCUGUUGGUACUGUUAUAGCUUGGAUGCAAACACAAGACCCUGAUAUUGGAUCUGGUGGAUGGGUGAGAUACUCCCUUCCCAAUGACUUCAAUGGAACAUUUAAGAUCCAAGCUGAAAGUGGAGCUAUUAAGGUGGCCAAGGACCUGGACUAUGAGAAGCAACCAUUCUAUAAUCUCUCUGUGGUUGCAGAGGAUUUGGGUUUUCCAGACAAGCUUCGCUCUGAGUCUUAUCUAGAAGUGGAAGUCAUCGAUGUUAAUGAGAACCUCAAUGAGCCAUACUUCACAGAAUUCGCAGUGAGGGGGACAGUAAAGGAAAACUGUCAUCACGGAACAAGUGUGCUCCAAGUGACUUCUGUGGAUAACGACAAGGGCAAAGAUGGUGUCAUCAGAUACUCCAUUAAAGCUAGAAGUGGUCAAGAAAGGUUUGCCAUUGAUGAAGAAACAGGAAUGAUUUACACCACUGGCACCCUGAACUGUGAGACAGAGGAUUCCUAUUGGCUUACGGUGUAUGCGACAGACCAAGGUGUGGUGCCACUCACUGCCUCUAUUGAGGUGUUUAUUCAAGUAGAAGAUGUGAAUGAUAAUGCGCCAUUGACGUCUGAACCUGUCUACCACCCAUACAUUAUGGAGAACUCACCCAAAGAUUUGUCUGUGGUCCGUAUUCAAGCCCAGGACCCUGACGUUACCGCCUCAGAUAGCCACCUUGUGUAUCGCAUCACCUCAGGAAAUCCUCAGAACUUCUUUGCCAUUGAUUCCAACACAGGACUCAUUACCACCACAUCAAGGAAACUGGACAGAGAGCAACAAGCAGAGCAUUUCCUGGAGGUUACAGUUAUGGAUGGUGGAGGUAUCUUCAGGCAGUCUAGUGUCUGGGUGAUAGUGCAUGUUCUGGAUGAAAAUGACAACAAGCCAGAAUUCACAGAGUCGGUAUACCGCAUCAGCCUUACAGAGCGGGACCGUAACAAACGCGGUGACCCUAUCUACAGAGUAUUCGCCUACGAUCGGGAUGAAGGAUCUAAUGCAGAUCUCACUUACAGCAUUGUGGAUGGAAAUGAUGAUGGCAAAUUCUUUAUCGAUGCUAAGACAGCCAUGGUGUUGUCCAGGAAGAUGGUCACGUCUGGUGGCUAUGAUAUUCUCACGAUAAAAGCCGUUGACAAUGGGAUCCCUCAGAGGUGGUCAACUGCCCGUUUGCACGUUGAAUGGAUUCGGAAGCCAUUGCCUUCGCCACAGACCUUGCGAUUUACCGCAGCUGUUUACAACUUCACAGUGGCAGAAAAGGCCAAAGUGUAUGAGGCGGUUGGAGUGGUCUCAGUUUGUCAAGCAGAAACUCCUUUAUGGUUUGACAUCAUUGGUGGAAGAACUUCCCGAGAGAUGUUUUAUAUCCCACAGAGCACCUGUGGUGGAAACUGUUCAUCUGACAAUGGUAACACUGAUGGCCCUUUUGAUACACAGAGAGGAAUUGGGACCAUAGUGAUAGCCAAACCUCUGGAUGCUGAGACCCAGUCAAUAUUCAACAUGACUGUGCAAGUGACAGAUGGGACAAACACAGCAACUACACAGAUUUACAUAAAGGUUUUGGACAGCAAUGACAAUGCUCCCGUGUUCUCUGAGCAUACAUAUAAAGUCUUGGUGUCUGAAGAUAUGCCAGCUGACACUGAAGUCAUGCGUGUCCGGGCCAGGGACAGGGAUGAGCGGGCUAAGCUGAGCUACUCUAUCCAUGGCAGUGUUGAUCCGGCCAGCAUGCGUAUGUUUAGGAUCAAUCCUGGUACAGGUGUCAUGUACACGGCAGACCGACUGGACUAUGAGACCCGCACUCAGCACAUCCUUACGGUUAUGGUGAAAGACCAAGAAUUUCCCUAUUAUAGAGACCUGGCACGAAUUAUUGUGUCUUUGGAGGAUGCCAAUGACCAUCCUCCCUUUUUCACACAAACUGUUUAUGAUUGUAUGUUGUUUGAAUCGGCCCCUCUUGGAACAUCAGCUUUGCAGGUGAUCGCAUUAGACAGAGACUCGGGGAGAAACGGAGAGAUAAUUUACUCAGUUGAAGCAGGCAACACUGGAGGCUUAUUUGGAAUAGAUCCACUGUAUGGCAUCAUUUCAGUUGCCCGGGAGCUGGACCUGACAACUGUGGGUUUUUAUACCCUCACUGUGAGAGCCACAGACGGAGGCAUUCCAGCCUUAAGUACCACAACCACUGCUAGAAUCAUCAUUUCAAUGUCAGAUCUCUCCAGCCCAAAGUUUACCCAACAAGAUUACCAGGCUGAAAUCACAGAAAAUGUAGCCAGAGGGACAUUUGUCAUAAUGAUCAGUGCAAUUAGCCAAUCCACGCUAAAUUACGACAUUAUUCAAGGGAAUAGUGAAAGAAAAUUUCAAAUAAAUCGCUUCACAGGCAUCAUCACAACACAAAGAGAUUUUGACUUUGAGAUAACCUCCUCGUACAUGCUGCUCAUCCAAGCAGUCAACAUGGUUGGGAUUGUCUCCAGAGUUAAUGUUAGCAUCCAGGUGGUUGAUGAAAAUGAUAAUCCACCAGUUUUUCAGAAGCUUACCUAUUCAGGGACCAUCAGUGAGGCAGCACCCAUCAAUAGUGUGAUAAUGAGUGAGGAUGGAAGUCCAUUGGUAAUUCAAGCCACGGAUGCUGACAAGAAUCAGAAUGCACUUCUGGUCUUCCAGAUCGUGGAGGACAUGGCUAAAUUAUUCUUUACUGUGGAUUCUGGGACAGGCUCUGUCAGAACCAUCGCUAAGCUGGACUAUGAAACAUUAAGUGCUUUUUAUUUUUCAGUUAAUGUGAGGGACAGUGGCAUGCCUCAGCUAAUGGCUGAGAAGCCAGCCAAAAUCCUUAUCAGGGUUGUGAACAUCAAUGAUUCUCCACCACAGUUCUCACAAGAAGUGUAUGACACUGUCUUGCUUCUUCCAACAUAUAUCGGAGUCGAAGCUCUGAGAGUUGAAGCCACAGAUCCAGACAUGACCACUGAUCUGACAUAUUCCUUAGCUGAUAACAACUUGGAGCACUUUGAAAUGGAUCAUUCAUCAGGCAUUCUUACUGUCAUAAACAACAAACUGUCCAAAGAUCGUUAUCGUUUCAAUAUCAAGGUGUCAGAUGGGCGCUACUUUUGCACGGCACUUGUGACCAUAAUGGUCAGGGAGACUAUGGACAGUGGCCUUCUUUUCAGUCAAAACCUGUACUUCUCCUCUGUGCUGGAGAACAGUGUUAACAUUACCACAGUGAGCAUUGUAAAUGCUGUUGGAAACCGCCUAAAUGAGCCACUCAAAUACACUCUUUUGAAUGCAGGGACAUGCUUUACGAUUCGUCCUACAUCAGGGGUCAUUCAAACCACAGGAGUCCCUUUCGAUCGAGAACAACAGGAACUGUACGAGUUGAUGGUGGAGGCAAGCAGAGAAUAUGACGAUCUGCGAGUUGCAAGAGUAACCGUCAGAGUAGAAGUUGAGGACGUAAAUGACAAUGCCCCUGAGUUUGUGGGCCUUCCAUAUUAUGCUGUGGUGCAAGUUGAUGCAGAACCAGGCUCAUUCAUAUUCCAAGUUUCUGCAACCGAUUUGGACAAAGGGAUAAAUGGAGCUGUGUAUUAUGAGCUUAAAGAGGACCACCCCCAUUUUGAGUUGAACAAGCUUACGGGUGAGCUCACACUUAAAAGGUUGUUUGAUGCAGAGUUGUCCAAUGUUGAAUACCCACUGAUUGUCCUUGCACGUGAUGCAGGCUACCCUUCCCUCUUCGCGGCUGUUGAUCUUCCAGUUACAGUUGUGAACAAGGCCAUGCCUGUUUUUGACAAGCCAUUUUAUGGCAUAUCAGUAAGAGAGGACAUUGCAGUGUCCACACCCAUAUUAAGCAUUAAUGCCACCAGUCCAGAGGGUCAAAACUUCAUAUACACUAUUGUAGAUGGUGAUCCUUUCCUUCAGUUCGACAUUGGCUUUGAUAGUGGUGUGAUUAUUAUUAUAUUCACAUUAGAUUAUGAGACCACACCCUACUACAGGCUAACUGUCAGAUCUACAGACACUCUUAAUGGAGCCAGAUCCGAAGUAGUUGUGGAUAUAGUUGUGGUGGACGUAAAUGACAAUGCCCCUGUAUUUCGCAAUGCAUCGUACAUCACCACAUUGGCAGAAAACUCAAUGAUUGGGACAUCUGUGAUACAGCUAAUGGCAACAGACAGGGACUCUGAAAAAAACAAUUUGAUUAGCUAUGAGAUCCUCUCUGAUGUGUUCAACAGCACAGACUACUUCCAAAUUGACAGCAAGAGUGGACUUGUGCUAACAGCCCGUCUUCUAGACUGCAAACUUGCUCAGUUCUAUAGCUUUAUUGUAAGGGCGACAGAUAGCGGUUCUCCGGCCCAAAGCAGUGAGGUCACAGUCACUGUCUUGUUGAAUGACAUGAAUGACAAUCCACCGUCCUUUACACAACCACUUUAUGAGGCAUUUGUGAGUGAACUGGCUCCCAGAGGGCACAUUGUGACAUGUGUUCAAGCUUCUGAUGCUGACAGCUCCGAUGCAGAGAGGUUGAGGUAUGGCAUACUCUCUGGAGAUGAGAAAAUGAACUUUAUCAUGAACUCCCAGACUGGCGUCAUCUCCUUGUCUAGCCAGCGCAGACAGGGGAUGCGGACAGCAUACAGCCUUAAUGUGUCCGUAUCGGAUGGGGUUUUCACCAAUACUGCACAGGUAAACAUUCAAGUCUUGGGGGCCAACGUUUAUAGCCCUGUCUUUAGUCAACGGUUCUACUUGGGUGAGGUUCAGGAGAAUGCCCCUGCGGGUACCAGAGUCCUUCAAGUGCUUGCCACAGAUGAGGACUCUGGGAUCUUCGGUCAGAUCAUGUACUCCUUUAUCAAUGACCUUGGAAAGACUCAGUUUAAGAUUGGAGCCGAUGGCCAGAUAAACACGACACAGAAACUGGACAGAGAGAACCCUGUUAACCGAGACAUCGUGCUAACUGUAAUGGCUCUUGACGGUGGAGGAAGAGCAUCCUUCUGCACAGUUAGGGUCAUUCUGGCUGAUGAGAAUGAUAAUGCGCCAUGUUUUAGGGCUGUGGAGUAUAGGGUUAGCAUAAAGGCUAACGUGCCAAUGGGAUCACUAGUAACUCAGAUCCAAGCUCAGGACCCAGAUGCCGGCGACAAUGGUAGAGUCAGCUACUCACUAUAUAGUGAGGCGAGGCUGCCUCUAGUAGAUGUGUUGGAGAUUGAGCCUGACAGUGGCUGGAUGGUCACUAAGGGAAGCAUUGCACAUCUCAGAGGAACAGUCCUGUCCUUUUUUGUUAAAGCCACCGAUGGAGGGGUCCCAGCCAAACAUUCCCUUGUGUCUGCAUUUAUCCAUGUCUUACCACCUGAUGCAAAUGUGCCUUCCUUCACCCAGCCUCAGUACUCUUACACAAUCCCAGAAGAUACACCUGUUGGCACAGCCUUUGGGUCAGUAUACCUAAGUCCAGGUCAAACUGCCUCCUUUGCUAUGGUAAAUGGAGAGAAUGUGGAGAGCAACCAGGGUGGGACAUUUCUGGUGGACAAAGAAACUGGUCUUCUCAGACUUGUUAACCCCUUGGACUAUGAACUUGUUAACAUCUACCGCUUCAAAAUUUCAGCAACAAUGAGACAGGCACUUGUUGAGUCCAUGUCUGUAGUGGAUGUAGAAGUUAAGGUGCUGGAUGUGAAUGACAACAAACCAUCAUUUGAAACCAGUUCUUACGUGGCCAUGGUUAUGGAGGGCAUGUCUAGGGGUACACGGGUCAUCCAGGUACAAGCCCUUGACCCUGACUGGGGCUCUAACGGACAGGUUACUUACAGUCUUGGCCUAACCCUGAACCAAGAGCAGGAAAAGGCUAGCAGAUCUAAAUCUCUGGCCAGUGAUAUGUUUGUUAUUGACAGUAAGACAGGUUGGAUUACCACUCUCGGUGACCUGGAUCAUGAGUUGUGCCCAUCUUACACAUUCAGCGUGGUGGCAUCUGAUCUAGGUGAGGGUGUCUCACUGUCCUCCACUGCCAUGGUGACUGUUGCAGUAGCAGACGUCAACGACAACCCUCCUACCUUCGAGAGGGAGUACUACAGGGGUGCUGUGAGAGAGAGUGACCCAUUGGGGGAGGUGGUGUCAGUUUUGAGCACUUGUGACAGGGACAGCUCUGAUCAGAAUCGGCUUGUCAGCUUCCAUAUAACAGGUGGAAACUCCAAGGGGGUAUUUGCACUGGCUCCAGUUCAGGGAGAGUGGAAGGUGUUUGUGAAGCGGCCUUUAGACAGAGAGGAGCAGGAUCGAUAUCUGCUCAAUAUCACAGCCAGUGACGGCCUGUUUGUAACCUGCAUAGGCGUGGAGGUCACUGUCAUGGAUGCCAAUGACAACAGCCCCAUCUGCAAUCAGGCUCAGUAUGAAGCUUCAUUUCCUGAAGAUGUUGCCAUUAAUACAGCUGUUCUGACAGUCGGAGCGACAGACUUGGACACUGGUGUCAAUGCAGAAAUUCAGUACUCUCUGUUUGGCAUUGGCGUUGAAGACUUUUAUAUGGAUGCAAAGACUGGUGAACUGAAGACUGCUUAUUUAUUGGACCGUGAGCGAACCGCAGGUUAUAAGUUGAUAGCCCAGGCUACAGAUGGUGGAGGGCUGUUCUGUCGCUCUGAAAUCUCUCUGACUAUUCUGGAUGUUAAUGAUAAUGCACCAUCAUUUGCUUUUACACGGUUCAUGGCGAGUGUAUAUGAGAGUGCGGCACCCAAGGCCUUGCUCACACGCCUUCAGGCUAAUGAUCCAGAUGAAGGAGUGAACAGGAAGAUUGUGUACUCACUUGUUGACUCGGCCAGUGGCGUGUUCUCCAUUGAUCCAUCCUCUGGUGUAGUGAUUCUGGAGAGGUCUCUGGACAGAGAGGUGCAAGACUCAUAUCAGAUCAGGAUCAAGGCUGCAGACCGAGCAGGGGCCUCCGGCUCACUGUUCACCCAGGUGGAUCUCACCAUCAUGGUUCUGGAUGUGAACGACAACCCACCGGUAUUUCAGAAACAAGAUUACUCCGUCACAGUGCCUGAAGAUGUUGCUGUAGGAACAGAUGUUUUACGUGUUUUUGCCACCAGUGAUGAUAUUGGAGUGAACGCAGAAAUCUACUACAGAUUCUUGUCUGGAAAUGAGCUGGGGAAGUUUUCUAUUGAUGAUUCUACAGGCACCAUCUCUGUGGCAGAUGAUCUUGACUAUGAAAUCUGCAAGGACUUCUUCUUAAAUAUCGAGGCCUUUGAUGGUGGAACUCCUCCCUUGAGAACCACGACCAUAGUCACCAUCAAACUACUGGAUGUCAAUGACAACUCGCCUUCAUUCAGCGAGGAAAUCUACAAUGUUCUGAUUAGCGAAGAUGUGGCCAUUGGGGAGACAGUCACGAGGCUGUUUGCAGAAGACCCGGACAGUCAGGUCAAUGGGCGAAUCACUUAUUCCAUUCUGAAAGGGGAUCGUAAAAAUCAGUUUUGCAUCGACCCUGUCACCGGGCUUUUGAAAGUUAACAAGGCACUGGACAGAGAGACGGUCUCCAGCUACUCGUUGUCCAUACAGGCAUUUGACAGCGGGUCACCUGCCAAAUCAACCACUGUGAAUGUCAAUAUUGAGAUUGGUGAUGUGAAUGAUAACCCACCAAUCUUCUCUACCACUAAUGCUUCAGCUGUUUUUCAGCUGAAUAAACCUGCAGGAACCACCAUCCUCACACUUUCAGUUUCUGAUAAGGACUCCCCUAGAAAUGGUGCCCCUUUUGAGUUCCGCAUUGUGUCUGGAAAUGAUGGUAAUGCUUUCAGUUUGGACCAGAAUGGAGAGUUACGGUCCAACAGAGUGCUUGGUCCAGAUGCAACACGGGAGUAUACGCUUGAGAUACAGGCGCAUGACUCUGGGAAGCCUCGUCUGUCUUCCACAUCCUUUGUGUUUGUACGUGUCAUCGGAGACAGCCUCUUCAAACCUGUGGCUUUCCCACUGGAAAUCAAAAUUGUCAUGGCAGCAGAUGUGUUUCCUGGUGGGAUUAUUGGAAAGAUAUCUGCCACAGACCGAGACAAGAACGAUGUUCUGUCUUUUAGUCAGAGACCGCAAACAAAGAGUCUUUUCAAGAUUAACAGACAGGAUGGGAAGAUUGUGGCUCUAAAUGGCCUAGAGCCGGGAAGAUACUCACUCAAUGUCACGGUCAGUGAUGGGCGGUUUUCCGUCACGGUGGGCGUGACUAUCCAGGUUGAGCAAGUCACAGAAGAGAUGAUUCAGAAUGCAGUGACCCUUCGUUUCCAGGACAUCACCCCUGAGGACUUUGUGGGUCUUUACAUGCAAGACUUGAAGACUGUGCUCUGUGGCACACUGGUUACUGAUGGGGCAGGAGUCAUUGAAGGGCCAGACAUUCUGCACAUCCUGGGAGUGCAGCCUCUGAGUCGCUACAGUCAGCUGGAGGUGCUGCUUGCCGUGGAGGCUCCCGAUGGAGGUUAUGUUGGUCCAGGGGAGUUGGCUCUUAAGUUUGAGGAGGCAAAGUUUCUCCUAGGGCAAGCAUUAAGGGUGGUCAGUGUCCUUGACCAAAGCUGCUCAGGUGAACUUGAGUGUGGGGAAAGAGGCUGCGAGCUUGCCCUCAUUCUAGACCCCAUCGGCGUGGUCACCUACUCAACCUCCAGAGUGAGCUUUGUGUCUCCACGCUACAGCAGGAAAGAGACCUGCACUUGCCCAGGUGGAAUUUGUCCAUCUUCUUUAGAACUAUGUGAUGGCCAAACGUGCCCACCAGACAUGCAGUGUGUGCGCAGUGGCCCCACAGCGCCCUCUCUCUGCCAGUGUCUGCCUGGCACACUGGACCAGUGUGCAGGUCAGACGUCUCUGAGCUUUACAGGGAACAGUUACAUCAAGUACAGAGUGACUGAUGGUAAUAAGAGUGGGGACAUGAGGUUGGGCUUGAGAAUCAGGACACUACAGAGCCAGGGUGUCAUCAUGUACACACGUGCUGACUCAUGCACAAUGCUCAAGAUAGAGGAAGGCCGUCUGUGGUUCCAGGUGGACUGUGACAACAGACUGGACAUCCUGGGCAUCUCGGGUCGUCUGAUCAAUGACGGUUCCUGGCACACUGUGACCCUGGAGCUCACCAGUAACUACACCCUUCUGUCCUUGGAUGAUAGCUACGUGGAGCGCCGGCGUUCUGCAAGGGCCCCUGUCCACAUCUGGCCCCUGGCUGCAGACGGAUCACUGUUCUUCGGGGCUCAGGUGUUGCGUGGCCCAGUGGGCAGCGGUGGCCAGAGGCCCCCAAGAGUGCAAGAAGGCUUCCAGGGGUGCCUUGGUGCUGUCAUGCUCAACGGGAAUGAACUCCCCCUUCAGAACAAGAGGAGUCGAUAUGCAGAGGUGGCUGGGCUGAGUGAUGUGAAGCUGGGAUGUGUUUUAUAUCCUGACCCAUGUCUCGGAGGACCGUGUCAGAAUGGAGCUACUUGUACACAGCUGACCUCUGGUGACUUUUCAUGCAGCUGCCUGCCACAGUUCACAGGCUCUCGCUGUGAGAUGGAGGUGACAUCCUGUGUGCCCUCACCCUGUCAGAAUGGAGGUGAUUGUAAGGCUCUAGGAAACAGCUUCCUCUGCGGCUGCCUCAAGGGCUUCACUGGACUCACAUGUGAUGAAGAUGUAAACGAGUGCGAAAGGGAGGAGUGUGAGAAUGGUGGGUUGUGUGUGAACACUUUUGGCACCUUCUACUGUAACUGUACCACUGGCUUUGAAGGUCAGUUCUGCGGGCAGCCAUCUCUAGAUGGCCUAGACACUCUGCCCGAGUCACUGUCUUAUGUUGGACCGGGAGAGAUCAUUGGUAUCGGCGUGUUGCUCUUUGUGGUGCUGGUUCUCCUGACAUUGCUGGCUGCGUUCCGCAAAAAAGUCCUUCGGAAGGACUGGAGCCGAGGAGAGGCUGUGGGCAUCUCCACAGAGACCAACUACAUGCUGCAAAAGACAGGUGUGGGAGCCGAAGGCAUUGAGUUCAAAGCCGUUCGGGUCAGCGGCGACUCUCAGGCCAGUCUCUACAGGAACGACAGCAUGGUUGGACCGCCCCAGGUCAUGAUGAGGCCUACGGCCUACACUCUCCCUCAUGGCCAGGGAAUCCCUCGAGGGGAGACGGAGAAGGCAGAGGUGGAGGGGGGGCUGGCCACCCUCUCCUGCCCACCUCAGAUGAGCACCUUCCAGGCAGAUCCUCCACAUAUCCUGGGGAUGCCUCGGAGGGGUGUGGCGGUCUGUAGUGUGGCGCCCAAUCUUCCUACUUCCAUGUCCCCCAAUCCGUGCGAACGCAGUCCUGUUUGUAAGCCGCCAUGGGAAGAGGAAGAAGACGAUGAGGAAGAUGAGGAAGAGGACAACAGUACAGAGCAUCAAGUCCAGGCAUCGCAAUGGGAAGACAGGGGUUACCAGGGCGACAGAGAGGAAGUGUACAGAACAGAGGGUAACAAAAAUGCUGUGGAGGACGUCGCCUGUUUCUUCGACAGUAGCAGCAGUGAGGCACACUCCCUCAGGUCCUUCCAGUCCGAUUCCUGCACCAACAAUGCUUCCAUAGUGACAGUGAUAUGACUGGUAAACAAUGCUGUGGACAACAUUGAAAAUGAAGCUAUGAAUGUUAACAUUGCAGGGCUGGGUGAUGUGCAGCCUCACAGUACCACCUCAAGCCCACGCCUCCGUCGCGAGGACGAGAUUUGUGUUGAAUUCGUCAAAGAAUAUUUCAUGAAUUCCUACCAAUGGCAGGCGACAGAAUGGCUUCAUGACACAUGUCUACCAGGUUUAGAGUCACCGCCUCGAGACCGGACCCCCACACCACCACCUCCACCCCUUCCUGCCCCCCCACCUUCCUUGACCUUCACCCCCACCCGCUUGGGCGGCAGCGUUCGGUUGGAUGGAAGCAAUCUAUCCCUGCAGACUGGCUAUCCGUUACGAAGAUAUCAGGGCCAGAGAGAUUUCUGUUCAUCUCUAACACAAGAUGACAACAACUCACCUGUUUACGAAGAGUAUCGUGACCCGGGUCAUUUCGCCAACCUUCCUACUGUUUAUCCACCGGGUGUCAGCUUCUGUGAGGGGCAAUCCAGACCUGAUUACCAUCAUUCAAGCCAGUACCUGCUCUCUCACCCUCCACUACUAGCCUGGGAGGAACGUCCGCAGGUUUGGGAGGACACUCACCCCUUUGGGAGCCAGCAGGAGACCAGCAGACUAGGCAGGUUUUCACUCCAAGCACGUCGUUUGCGUGAUCAGAGCCCAAAGACUUCUUCGUCUGGAAUGAGAGAUUAUUAUUGAUCAUUAACUGGAC